ACCUGGAAGAGAUGUACCCUUCACAACCUGAUUGGAUCUUAAAAACAUGGAUCUAACGGGAAAGGAAAAGAGACACACAGUACACAUAUUGACAUAAAUUAAAACUGCAUUCACCCUAAAGGAUACACAUUCUACAAGAAUGUGUGCCAAGAAAAGGAUACAUGUAAACACGCUAAAUAGGUGCUUAUGGGGAUUGAAGAAGGUAGGGGGAGGCUGGAGUGGGAUAAAUGGGAAUUUAAGAAAUAAUGAAAAUAAGGCACACUAACUCCUCAGCUCUCAACCUUUUGCCUUCCUCAGACACAUAAGAGGAUCCACAACUGUCCAGAACUUUACCUAGUUAUUAGGUACUCUCUGAUUUCUUUGGAAUGGCUCCUUCCCCAUUGUUUUCUCCUCUCUUUCUCUAAGACCCCCAAAACCAAUUUAUUUGUUCAUUCACUUCAUGCAUAUCCUCCUUUUUGCUCCCUUAGUCACAUCUCUCAUUUCUCAGUCUCUGACCCCUUCAACCAUGUCCUGAUCCUUCUCCCACACCCAGCACCACCGUCCUGCAGAGAAAAGUGUACCCGGAUGAAACCCCGAUGGAAUACUAAACUAACAGAACUCGUCAGAUGACCUUUGCUUUAUCUGCCUGCUUUCUUUCCUCUUCCUUUCUGUUCUCUUCUUUUCCUUUCUUUUCUCUCCUCUUCUCUCUGUCCCUCCUACUUUCACUCUCUCUCUACCGCUUUUCCUCACUCUCUUUUUCUCCCCCCUUGAAGGCACUGUUACUAGCAAUAGAGAGCUCUGGGGCUUGCCUGAAGCCAUGGACAGUCACCACUCCAGGAUUCCCCUUUUAGCGCCUCCUCCCCAUCUUAAUCUCAAAGUCCAGCAAGGAUAGUGAGCAGUUAGAGCCCGACCUCCAACCUACUUCCAUGGGGGUUUGCUUCCUGAGUGGGAGAGAUGACUCUAGUCUGGAGACAUUUGCUGAGACCCUUGUGCCUGGUCACCUCUGCUCCCAGGAUCCUUGAGAUGCGUCCUUUCCUGAGCCUAGGUGCUUCCUGGACAUCAGUAACCAAGCUCAGUCUCCAUACAAGGCCCAGAAUGCCUCCAUGUGACUUCAUACCUGAAAGAUACCAGUCCCUUGGCUACAACCAUGUCCUGGAAAUCCACAAGGAACACCUUUCUCCUGUGGUGACGGCAUUUUUCCAGAAACCCCUGCUGCUCCACCAGGGGCACAUGGAGUGGCUCUUUGAUGCUGAAGGAAACAGAUACCUGGAUUUCUUUUCCGGGAUUGUCACUGUCAGUGUUGGCCACUGCCACCCGAAGGUGAACGCAGUGGCACAAAAGCAACUCGGUCGCCUGUGGCAUACAAGCACUGUCUUCUUCCACCCUCCAAUGCACGAAUAUGCAGAGAAGCUUGCCGCACUUCUUCCUGAGCCUCUUAAGGUCAUUUUCUUGGUGAACAGUGGCUCAGAAGCCAAUGACCUGGCCAUGCUGAUGGCCAGGGCGCACUCAAACAACAUAGACAUCAUUUCUUUCAGAGGAGCCUACCAUGGAUGCAGUCCUUACACACUUGGCUUGACAAAUGUAGGGGCCUACAAGAUGGAACUCCCUGGUGGGACAGGUUGCCAACCAACAAUGUGUCCAGAUGUUUUUCGUGGCCCUUGGGGAGGAAGCCACUGUCGAGAUUCUCCAGUGCAAACAAUCAGGAAGUGCAGCUGUGCACCAGACUGCUGCCAAGCUAAAGACCAGUAUAUUGAGCAGUUCAAAGACACGCUGAGCACAUCUGUGGCCAAGUCAAUUGCAGGAUUUUUUGCAGAACCUAUUCAAGGUGUGAAUGGAGUUGUCCAGUACCCAAAGGGGUUUCUAAAGGAAGCCUUUGAGCUGGUGCGAGCAAGGGGAGGUGUGUGCAUUGCAGAUGAAGUGCAGACAGGAUUUGGAAGGUUGGGCUCUCACUUCUGGGGCUUCCAAACCCACGACAUCCUGCCUGACAUUGUCACCAUGGCUAAAGGGAUUGGAAAUGGCUUUCCCAUGGCAGCAGUCGUAACCACUCCAGAGAUUGCCAAAUCUUUGGCCAAACGCCUGCAAUACUUCAACACCUUUGGAGGGAACCCCAUGGCCUGUGCCAUUGGAUCUGCUGUGCUUGAGGUGAUUAAAGAAGAAAAUCUACAGGAAAACAGUCAAGAAGUUGGGACCUACAUGUUACUAAAAUUUGCUAAGCUGCGGGAUGAGUUUGAAAUUGUUGGAGACGUUCGAGGCAAAGGCCUCAUGAUAGGCAUAGAAAUGGUGCAGGAUAAGAUGAGCCGCCGACCUCUUCCCCGUGAAGAAGUGAAUCAGAUCCAUGAGGACUGCAAGCACAUGGGGCUCCUCGUUGGCAGAGGCGGCAUUUUUUCUCAGACAUUUCGCAUUGCACCCUCAAUGUGCAUCACUAAACCAGAAGUUGAUUUUGCAACAGAAGUAUUUCGUUCUGCCUUAAUCCAACACAUGGAAAGAAGAGCUAAAUAACAUUCUCAGAAAUAAAACCACAAGUCUCAAGAAUUUGCCACUUAUGUUCAAGGGUGAAUUUGAAGAAUUUCAGAAUCACUGGUAUCCAGAGAACACCUGCAGCUCUCCAUAAAAGCUGUAGAAGACAUGGUUGACUGCCUACCAACCAUAUUUGUUAGCAGAGCCCCUAUUAUCUUGAGAACUCCAUUCUUCAGGGAAAAGAUCUCCCCAGCUCAGAGAAUAAAUCCUAAUUAGGUUAUGUUAGGUAUGGUAAUUUGAUUCCCCUUUGCAGUGAUUGGUUUAUGCAUGAAUAUGUGAUGUAUUUUUGUCCAACAAAUCUUGAAGAAAAAUAUUUUGGUGGAGGUGCCUUCAGGGAAAGUUUGCUUCACCCCCCACUCUUCAGCUCAAGAAGAGAUAUCUUAUUCUUGCAGUGAGAACACCGUAUAUCCAUAAUGAGAUUCCUGGCACCAUAUCAGCUGUCUUGAAGUCAUGAGGACAACCCUUUUUGGUGAGGCUGGAAGAUCGAUGGAAGCAAAGUGCUUAGUGAUGUCAAUGAGCUACUCACUUAAGCAUUCCUGAAGCCACCCUGCCUCAGGGCUUCUUGAUAUAUGAGGUAAUAAAUUCCU